AUGGUCCUGGGUCAAUACCCAGAGCCUGUGAAAGUCCGCAAGGCAAAACAGAAGAUUGAAGUCCAGAGCCUGGUUAAUCCAGAGGUAGAGGCCGUCAGGUCAAUGUCUAGAGCUCACAUCCUGUUGAAUUAUAAAAAUGUCCAUCUGACAUUCCACGAUCUGAAGCCAAUCCCUGAUAUGAUGAAAGGCAAAAUUAAAGGAGAGGUACUUCUUACUCAGUCGAGGGUGAUAUUCCUGGCAAAAGAUCAGUCCAAACCACUGACAUCUUUCUCAAUGCCAUUUCAUCUCAUUCGAGAACUUUCCGUUGAACAGGGUAUCUUCUCUGCCAAUUACAUCAAGGGAAAAAUUAGUGCUCAGUCUGAAGGUGGCUGGGAAGGAACAGCAACAUUCAAAUUGACCUUUUAUUCAGGAGGAGCCAUCGAAUUUGGCAAAGCAGCUGCACGAGUGGCCAAGUAUGAGUCAAGAGGCCAAUCACCUCACCAUCCUGUGGUCUAUGCUUAUGAAACAAUUCAUGUGAUACCAUUAAGAAGCAGAAGCAUUUCUAGGCUUUCUGGUCCAAUUAUAGAUGAGAGGACAAAUUAUGCAUAUGUUCUUGGGCCACCAGCUCCACCAGGUCGUUAUAAUGUACCAGCUGCCUUUCAGUAUGGAUUUCCACCUCCAGUGUACUAUGGUCAGUAUGGAUAUCCACCUCCUUACCUUCCUCCAGCUGGAACACCAGGCAUUCCUCCUGUGAAUACUGGUUUCGCACUGCCAGCCAACACUGGUUACACAUUGUCCCCUCCUAUGAACUCUGCAACCAGAAGAGCAGACAUUCCUCCUGUGAAUACUGGUUUCACGUCACCAGCCAACACUGGAUAUACAUCAUCCCUUCCUACGCCCUCUGCAACCAGUACAGCAGCUAUUCAAACAUUCAGUUAUGUGUCAUCUUCACCAAACGAUCUGGUUACUGGUACUUCAUCAAUGCCAACAUCAAGUGACUUCAAUCCACCCAUUUCUUCAAUGCAAAACGUUCCUCCCUGGCGCACAACCAUCGAGGAGCCCCAACACAUUUCUCUUACCGCUGAACCACCAGGUGAUUUUAACCCAUCUAUUUCUUCACUGCGAAACUAUUAUGCACCUCUGUGGCAUUCAACCAUCGAGGACCCUCCACAGGUUUCUCCUGCAGCCGAACCGCCAGUGCCCCCUAAUUUUGGACUCCUCUACCCUGGGGAAAAGACUAUGACCUUCCAGCUUAUCCAUACCCCUCAAGAUUUUAUAAACGUCGGUGAGGCCGACCCUCAUAUUCUUGCAUCCCUGAGAAUGAAGAUCCAGUGA